GAGUUACUGUAUUGUACUGUGAAUCUCUGGAGGGGGGCUGCAAAAAAAAUCUACUAUUCUUACUGAGGUUCACCCCACCGUUUUUACCAGAUUUUACUCCAGUUUGCUUUUUAUCAGGUCACAGGACCUAGAUGUCUCUUUGAUUCGCAUAUUUAGUUUGUUUUGUUUUAGUUUAUGGUUUGGUUUUUUAACAAUCCGGGAGGGCAGAAAUGGCGGCCAACAUGUACCGGGUCGGAGAUUAUGUCUUCUUUGAGAAUUCUUCAAGCAACCCCUAUCUGAUCAGGAGGAUAGAGGAACUGAAUAAGACGGCAAGCGGCAAUGUGGAGGCAAAGGUGGUCUGUUUCUACAGGAGAAGGGACAUCUCACAGAGCCUCAUCCAGCUAUCUGACAAACAUGCAAAGGACCUGGAAGAAGAGAAGGAAAGCCCCUCAGAGCCAGAGCUCUCCGAAAAACAGAAGCACCAGCUCCGCCAUAGAGAGCUUUUCCUUUCACGUCAGUACGAGUCACUCCCCGCCACACACAUUAGGGGGAAGUGCAGUGUGGCCCUCCUGAACGAGACUGAAGUUGUGCUCUCCUACCUUGAGAAAGAGGACACAUUUUUUUAUUCAUUGGUGUAUGACCCCACACAGAAGACACUAUUGGCUGACAAGGGGGAAAUUCGUGUUGGUCCUCGCUUUCAGGCUGAUGUCCCUGAAAUGCUACAGGAAGGAGAACAUGAUGAAAGGGACCAGUCCAAACUGGAGGUGAAGAUGUGGGACCCAGAGUGUCCUCUCACCAACAAGCAGAUUGACCAGUUCCUUGUGGUGGCUCGAGCGGUCGGUACAUUUGCUCGAGCAUUGGACUGCAGCAGUUCUGUCCGACAGCCUAGCUUACACAUGAGUGCAGCAGCAGCUUCACGAGACAUCACACUGUUCCAUGCCAUGGACACCCUGCACCGGCACGGCUAUGACCUGUCCAGUGCCCUGAGCGUGCUGGUUCCUCAAGGAGGACCCGUGCUGUGCCGGGAUGAGAUGGAGGAGUGGAGCUCAUCAGAAGCGAACAUGUUUGAGGAGGCGCUGGAGAAAUACGGCAAGGACUUCAACGACAUCCGGCAAGACUUUCUUCCAUGGAAGUCCCUGACCAGCAUCAUCGAGUAUUAUUACAUGUGGAAAACCACUGACAGAUAUGUUCAACAGAAACGACUGAAGGCAGCUGAAGCAGAGAGCAAACUGAAACAAGUCUACAUCCCCACAUACAAUAAACCCAACCCUAACCAGAUCUCCGUCAGUAACGGCAAGAUGGCAACUAUGAAUGGCGCAACAGGCACAGGCAGUUUCCACACAGCCGGAGGCGGCCGCGCAUGCGAGAGCUGUUUUGCUGUACAGUCUCCUCAGUGGUUCUCUUGGGGUCCUCCUAACAUGCAAUGUCGUCUGUGCGUAUCCUGCUGGAUGUACUGGAAAAAAUAUGGUGGCCUGAAGAUGCCAAGCAGAGCCGAGGGGGUAGAAGAAAAAAUGCCUCCAAGCCCUGCACCCAACGAGUCACGUUCUCGUGGCCACGGCCCCCGGCAGUCUUCCCACAUGGUUCCGAUGAGGAACAGCGGCAGCCCCAAAUCCUCCAUGAAGACCAAGCAGGCGUUCCUGCUGCAGGCCACACGCCUCACCAAGCUGGCGCGUCACAUGUGCCGUGAUCUCAUCAGGCUGCGCCGGGCUGCACGCCGGCCCUUUGUGCCCAUUAACUGUGGCGCCAUAAAGGCGGAGUAUAUGAUCCGGGUGUCAGAGGGCAUGACAGGGCGACCUAUGAAGCCCAAAUCCUCCCCGAGGAGCACCCUGACCAGCGUCCUGCAGUAUCUUGAGUCUCGUCCAGCACCUCAUGUUCAACGGCCUCACCGCACCCCUGGCCUACAGGUGCAGCCCCAGCGACGCCUGCUUUCCUCUCUUCCCAGCCAUGGUCCAUUGGGCAUGUUGGGAAAACGGAGCUACCAUCACCAUAGCAGGGUCGAGUCCACAGAGAGGAGGGUUGGUGCACCAGGACAAGAUAACUCAGCUCAUAUCCUGGGACCCAUUCUGCAGCACAAUGGAAGUAGUACUGGCAGCUCCAACCUUCGUGCCAGUGGCCUGAUGCUACGUAAAAGACGACCCAACUGGAUUGAUGCCCCGGAUGACAGUUUCUUCCUAGUUUCCCGAGAGACAAGGAAAGCCAGGAGGCUGCUCUCCCGUUCACAGUUAAGAAGAGCGUGUAGACAACCAUGUGAGCAGAUCAGCCUGCGUAGGGUCCCUCAGGGGCCAGCGCAGAUACCUGUACUGGCACCCCCUCACCCCAGUUUACGGAUGCGAGGCCCAAUUGUGAUCCAUGACUGACUCAAGGCUGCAUUGUUCCCACAGCCUUUUCUGUCAGUUUUUCAUUUGCUGCCAAAUUCUGCACUGCACAGGCCGAUAAAAAGCUUCUAAUUCCUCUUUUUCUGGUUCUUGUACAUUUGCUUCCUCUUCUGGACAAAAGGCUCCAGUGCACACAAUAAUAAUGCAUUUAGCUAAUUACCCCACUUAAAUCAUACAUGUACAUUCAAUACCCUCUUGGAUCGCAGCUUCUACUUAAAGGGAUAGUUCAUCCAACAAUGAAAAUUCUCUCAUCAUUUACUCACCCUCAUGCCAUCCCAGAUGUGUAUGACUUACUUUCUUCUGCUGAACACAAAUUAAGAUUUUUAGAACAAUGCAUGUGAAUGGUGGCAAGAACUUUGAUACUCCAAAAAGCACAUAAAGGCAGCAUAAAAGGAAUCCAUAAAACAUCAGUGGUUUAAUCCAUGUCUUCUGAAGCGAUCUAAUCAAUUUUGGGUGAGAACAGACAAAAAUGUAACUAAUUUUUCACCGCACAUCUUGCCAUUGAAGUCUCUAGGCACGAUCAUGACUUCAAGCUAGCUUACACUUCCUAGUGCUUAACGCAUGCGCAGAGCACUAGAUGGUGCUAGGAAGUGCAAUAGAGCUUUAAAAUAUGAUUUCUAAGGAGUCUGCUGAUGUUAAAAUUUAUAGUGAAAAAGGAGUGACUUUUUUUGUCUGUUCUCAUCAUAAAUCAGUUAUAUAGCUUUUGAAGAUAUGUAUUUAACCACAGUCCUAUGGAUUACUUUUAUGCUAUAUUUCUAUGCUUUUUGGAGCUUAAAAGGUUUGGUCACCAUUCAUUUGCAUUGUAUAGGCCUAAAGAGCUGAGAUAUUCUUCUAAAAAUCUUCAUUUGAGUUCUGCAGAAAGAAAGUCAUACACAUCCGGGAGGGCAUCAGGGUGAGUAAAUGAGAGAAUUUUCAUUUUUAGGUGAACAAUUCCUUUAAUACUCUCUUGGAACAACAUGAGGGUGGGAAAAUUAUGACAGAAUUUCCAUUUUGGGGUGGACUAUCCCUUUAAGUACAAGCUUAACUUGAACACUUUUACCUGGCAGCAACUUAUAACAUCAACUCUGAACACUGCAAGUGUUUGAUAAGAAUUCUAAGGCUGUAGGGUCUAAACUUACAGGGUUCCACAAGUGGCCUUGCCACUUAUGAGUAUCAUGUACAGAACAAUGCUGUCCACUCUCAACAGACUUUUUUUUGAGAAGUAUUAGUGUACUCUUUGUAAUUUCAGUUAGCUCUGCAAUGAAGGGAUUCAUUUAUUUCUCUAUAUCUUCUAUGUGUAUAAUGACAAGUACAAGUUUGUGAGCUGUUUUAUAUUGUAUUUAAGUGAGAACUGGACAUAACUUUCAGACAGUGUAUGUUGCAAGCUACUGGUUAUUCCUCAGUUCAAACAAUGUGUUUAACUGAGAGCAUGUUCAAUAGAUCCUUUAAUCGAAGACGUUGUGUUACUGGCUAUAAUGAUUCAAAGAAUUCACACGCAACUGCUGCAGAUCAUGUCCCCUGGACAUUACAGACUAAAAUCUUUGUCAAUAUUACCAUUUGGCGCUAUCUUUUUUGAAAAAUAAAAUUACUGGCAUAAGGACUUAAGAGUAGAAAAAAAAAAAAACAGGAAAAGCACAUUUAAGCACUAGUCUUUCUUCUAACUGGAAUUUAAAUGAGAAAUUCUCCUUUGACCUCUGACAAAUGUUGACGUAAUUAAAAUUCAUCAUCCAGGCUGUUUAUAUCGCAUGUAACAGUGAUAAGCUACUUUAGAUUUUUUAUGCCUCAUACAUUUAUGUUGUAUUUCAUUGUAUGUCAUACGUUUACUGAAAUAUGCUAAAUAAAAAAAGCUCAGUACAGAUUGUAAGUCUGUGCACUACGAAAA